CUUAAUCCCAGGAGAAUAACUAUUUCUUCGCAUUUCGGAAAUGGAGACAAUGAAAUCUUGAGGGUGUUUGUAGUCAGAGGGUUAGUCUUUCUCCACGGUCCCGAUGCUGGCUCUGUCCAGGUGUUCGACAGCUUUGAGGGGGAGACUGUCCCUGCGGUGCUCUGCCGUCUCUCUGGGGAGCACGACCAUGAGCAGCCAGCCCUCCACCGCAGCCAGGCCCCAGUAUCUAAGAACCCAGACUGCUCUGUUUCACCAAAGUGAAGCCAAAGCCAGUCCUGACCCAAACAAGCCCGCUUCAGUGUUGUCCUCUGUGUCCGGGCUGGAGGGGGGUCUGUUCGGGAUGGGGAUGUGGUCGUUGGGUCUGGGUGCUGUCGGAGCUGCGCUGGCCGGGAUCUUCCUGGCCAACACUGAUCUGUGUCUUCCUAAAGCUGCUCAGGCGUCACUGGAGAACCUUGAAGGGGCUGACCUGCGCUCCACCAUACAAGAUGACAACGUCAUCAAAGCAAAGAGCCUGUGGGAAAAGAACGGGGCUGUGGUCAUGGCCGUUCGACGACCUGGAUGAUUUUUGUGCAGAGAGGAGGCCUCUGAGCUGUCCUCUCUGCAGCCCCAGCUGGAAGAGCUUGGGGUCCCUCUGGUUGCUGUGGUGAAGGAAGACGUCGGCACAGAGAUACAGGACUUCAGACCGCACUUCGCUGGGGACAUCUACAUAGAUGAAAAGAAACUCUUCUACGGCCCGCUGCAGAGAAAGAUGGGGGGUCUGGGUUUCAUUCGCCUCGGGGUGUGGCAGAACUUCAUGCGGGCCUGGAGGUCAGGUUACCAGGGCAACAUGAACGGCGAGGGCUUCAUCCUGGGUGGAGUGUUUGUCAUCGGAGCAGAAGACCAGGGGAUUCUACUGGAACACCGCGAGAAGGAGUUUGGCAAUAAAGUCCAGAUUGCUGAUGUUUUAGAGGCUGUUAAGAAAAUUGUACCAGUGAAAUAAGUUGUUUUUUUCCUAAAACAAGUGUCAUUUGAAAUAGGUACACUGUAUUUAGAUCAAAACAUAACUGCAGUUUUGACUUGACACGCUGAGAUGCAGUCAAAGUCUGUCCAUCACUGAAAUAUUAUGACAAUUAUGUUCGUAUUGACUAAUAUCACAACAUACCUCUUUCUUUUGCACAUUAAUUUUCUGUUGGUUCGGUACAGAGCUAAUAUUAUUUCAGGGUUUGUCACUGAUUAUACCUCUGCGGACACCUAGAAGCCAGUGUUUUUGAGACGGGUAUUAAAAACAGGUAGUAAGGGACUUAAAUGCCAUUUAAUUUAAGGUAAUUUGAAGUCUGCCUUUUAGAAAAACACUUAAUUAAUCCAAAGGCUCGAUUACACAAUUGAUGAAUUAUUCUUUAAGCUGUCUUUUAGUGGUACAUUUGUAAUAACGUUCCUAUGUGUUGUCCUUGUUUGCCUCUCCUGGUCAGGCACCUGAAUGGGCCUCCAACAUGGCGGACCAGUGUGCGUGCAGUCUGUGUGUGUGAUAAUGACAACUUGAAUCCAAACUCAACAUUGAGAGGAGCAGGUUUGAUGCUCAAACACAUACAGGUUGAGCCGCUGUCGCCAUGUUAAGGAGCGUUGGUGCUGCCUGAAUGAAGCAUGUGUGUGCUUGUGUGGAAGAGAGAUUGUGUGCAUCUGUGCAUGUGAAUAAUAGCUUCAGAAAUUUGAAGUAAUAAAUAAAGAAGACCUCA